AUGUGCCGCCGUCGGUCCGGCAACUUAUCGUCCUAUUCUCAAAACAGUCUCGAUAAGAAAGGUCGAGAUGUCAUACUAAUCCUGAAAAGUCCGACGUAUGUCGCGUGCGGAACGGUGCGAGGCAGGUGCGGCCGGCCGCCCGCUCUCGCCCGAUGUCCGAGACAGUCUGUCCUGUGUCCCUUAGCGAGGGCUCCGCGGCCUCGUGUCGGCGUGUCCAACUCUCGCCGUCUCUCUCGGCCGGCCGACGGCGCGUGCGAGUCCGUACAAGUAGCCAGGGGUUACUCGCGGUCGCCGUGUCCUCGGCUGUUAGAAAGAGACGCCGCGAUACCCUCUGAGAGCGAAAUGCGUGGGAGUGAACGGGAUAGCCAUAAAUCAAGAGUGCCGUGCGUCGGUGUGCGUGCGCGGGUGGGGCGAAGAUGCACGUACAAAAGAAAAGGGAUAAUAUUUGCUUGCAUAUUUCAUGACUCGAUUAGGAGAUGGAAUUUU